UUGCGCCUGUAUCGAAAGAGAAGUGGAGUCGUAGGCCAGUUUCUGUGAUAAUAGCACCCACUUGUCGGCUAGCUGAUAGCGUGGCAAGUGUAGCUCCGUGCAUGUCCGUUUCUCCAUGCAAUUGAUGUCCUGGAAGCUAUUUUACCAUUGACAUCGCUACACGUUUCAAUAUCGUAAUCCUCGAGAAAUGGUUAAAUUAUUCAAGAUUUAAACAAUCGGUGCCUCGAAGCGGUGCAUUUUCUAAUUAAAAGCUUCAUGGGUGAAGAAAUCUACACACAUUAAUCUAUGUUAUACAAUGUUCACAAUAUGCUUUAAAUGAUCUAAGAGUUUCAUUGAUCAAGAAGCAAUGGAUAUCACAGUGAAAGACACAGGUAGAGGUACAAGAUGGGUUUGUCCAAACGAUCGACACUUAGCAUUGAGGGCAAAGUUGCAUACAGGAUGGUCUGUGAAAACUGGUUCUUUAGAUUCAAAAUGGGGUAAUUAUUCUAAUUCUUAUUCGGGUGGUACAAGUCGAUAUGCACAAUCAUUUGUGCUUAGCGAAGAGGAACAACAAACUAUCAUACAGGUCAUUCAAAGAGCAGAAGCUUUGGAUUUAUCAGAACAGGAACGCAUUGGCAGAUUAGUGGAAAGAUUAGAGAAUAUGAAACGUAAUGUUUGUAUCGUCACUGGGGCAAGAUUGAAUGAGAAAAAGAAUUGUAGUACCCGAUGUUCCAGCAGUGCACAUUGCGUAUGUUCUUGUGCUCUUUGCAGUGAAAAAUUUGGUGCAGUUUUGGGUGCAACACCAAAUCUUUGCAAAGAUUGUCGUAAAUACAUAUGCCAGAAAUGUGGUAUCGAAACCAAUGAACUUAAUUCAACGUUUCCAAAUACUUCGUCGACGAAAGGUGUAUUAGCUAUGGCGAAACAUGUACAAGAAAGACCAACUGUGCAACGAAUUGUUAGACGUUCGAGCGGUAGCCAGAAACAAUUUCUUUGUAGAAUAUGCGCUGAAACUAGAGAAAUGUGGAAAAAAAGUGGGGCUUGGUUUAUUAAAGGCAUGCCAAAAUAUAUCUUACCUGAAAAGAAGGAACGAGGAUGGUCGAGAAUAGGCCACAAGCAAUCCACCUGGACUAUUGGAGGAAAUAAAUCUCUCGAAUCCACCGAUCUUCAAGAUUCUUCUUCCGACGAAGAAGCAACGCGACGUCUAGCAUUAACUCGCGGUCACUCUACUUCUUUUACGAGCUUACAAAGAAAUCAGCAUAGUACUACUAACAAAACUCUUUCACCGUUCCUCAAUUCUGCUCAAUCAACUAGUGGUAGCGCAUCUAAAAUAUCACCAGGACAACGAUCGAACGAUCUGUUAUCAUUAAAUAAUCGCGAAGAUUGUUCGGAUCAAUUAGAUAGGUCUACUCUUUCCAUUACAUCUCAAUGCAGUCGCGUCUCGCCAACUGCUUCGGUUACCAGUUCUCGUUUGCGUGUGUCAUUCGAAGAUGAAAUUGUCGAUGAAAAGAAUAAAAAGUUUGAUGAUCCUUACGAGUUGAAGGACGAUUAUCGUAGAAUAGAGUUUAGUUCGUGUGAUCGAUUGAAAAGUUCUCAGGUACAAUCUCUCAGACCGAACUCUUCGAUGCUACCAACGACACCGACAACGCCAAUCAUCUUAACGGAUCAAAUUCCAGAACAGUUUCAAACCCACGAGAAACACAAAGCUGGGGAAGGAAGUCGACCGUGUUCAGGAAGGGAGAACCUCCGCGACAGUGCUCACAGCAACAAUCAAAUCGACUUGCCACGACUACAAACACCGGAGCACGAAACGGGACAAAGUUAUGGAACUCUCGAAGUCUCCUUGCGAUACGACCCAGCAGUUCAGUGCCUCCAAUGCAAGGUGGAACGAGCGCGAGGUUUACGUCCAAUGGAUAUUCAUGGCCUCGCCGAUCCAUUUUGCAAACUCAACAUAUUACCAGUAGAGACGAUUGCGACUACGAAGCGUCUUCGGACAAAGACAGUUCACAAAACACGGGAUCCGGAGUUCAACGAGAUACUAAACUUCUACGGAACACCAGAAACGGACAUAUGGAGUGGCAAAGCACUACACAUCCUGAUUCUCCAGGACGAUCCGUCAGGUCAAGACUUUCUAGGAGAAGCGAAGUUUCCCCUGCACGAGCUAGAACCUUGCCAAACGAAACAUUAUAAUGUUCCACUACAAGAGCAUUAUCCAGUGAACAAUGAAGAGGCAACUUGGGGCGUGUUUUCCAGUGGACGAGGAGAGAUUCAAGUGAGUCUAAAUUAUUGUACAAGACGCAGAGCAUUGUUGGUCACGGUUCAUCAAGCUACAAAUCUACUUCCUAUGGAUAAUAACGGAUUUUCUGACCCAUUUGUCAAGUUGUGCCUUAUAGAAAAUGUAACGAACAAUCAUAAAAAACGUGUCUUCGACUAUUCGAUUGCACGUAUCACCGCCAGAAAGCUAGUAUCGAGAAAGAUCGUAGGUCGCAGUUCGCAGAACUCGACUACUAAAUGGAAAACCCUGAAUCCAGAAUGGAACGAAGAGUUCAGUUUUACUACUCGAUUAACAGACCUUAUGAAACUUACAUUAUAUCUGACCGUUUGGGACAAGGAUUUCGGCAAGAGUAAUGACUACCUUGGUGGACUUGAAUUAAGUUGUAACAGCAAAGGUGCUCGAUUGCGACACUGGAUAGAUGCGAUUAAAUUUCCAGAUCAUCGACACCAAACUUGGCACAAUUUAACAGAUGCUAUUUUGCCUACAGAAUAAUAAUAAUUUAUACUAGUUUCCUUUUUAAAUGUGUUAUUCAAAACAUUCCGAUAAGGUCUGUAAUUCAUAUGCAUAGUAAUCAGUGAACUAUAAUUUUAUUUACACAUGAUCGGUAUUAUUGCUCAAAGUGUAUUAUUAUGAAGUGAAAGUUGACACAAUAAUAAAAAUGUUAUAUUACA